AUGAGAGAGGUCCACGUGGAUCUGUACAUUCGCGGCCGGGGCAAGGGCGGCAAGGGGAAGGGGCCGGCGUGUUCGUUCGCGGCGCAGCUGCUGGGGUGGCACGCGGACCGCCUGGACGUGGCGGCGAUUAAGAGGCGACACGGGCUCAAGGCGCUGUUCGCGUUCUCGUCCACCGGAGUGCGCGGGCUGGAGUUGGUGGCGAAUCCGCGGAACAGACUCUCGCUGACGACCUACAAGGGCAAGCCGGGCAGCCGAAUCACGCUUGAUGGGGAACCCCAGGAGCCUUUCUUGAGUCGCUCCCUGGUGGCAGCAGGGGGUCUGCUCUUCUCCCUUGGCCUGCUUCUGCUCCUCGUCUCCCACAACCCCCACUUUGCCACCCUGCUUGCAAGCCAUAACAACGCUCCGUCCUCGCCAGUCGUGCUGUUUGGUGUAGGACUUUUUGUGCUUAUAUUCUGGAAAAAGUUCACUGAAUGGUACAAAUAG